UUUUCUUUCAAACUCGAAGAAUCAUAAUGUUGCACACGCCUAGUUAACGACGACGCCCCUCUUCAUCUACGAUCGGUUUUGAUAUCCAAAAUUAACCAAAAAAUCUGUAAAUUUUGACUCAGUUCCGUUGAAUUUUCGACUCUCAUCGAAUUCUUGAGGGUUUGCUGAAAUACAUGAUCGUUAGGACCUUGCGAGAAAUCGAGCUGCGUGUGUAGCUGCUUUUGGGAGUUGGGAAGAUGGUGUUGGUAUUGGCAAUUGGGGAUUUACAUAUUCCACAUAGAGCACCUGAUCUACCUGCCAAGUUCAAAUCUAUGCUUGUUCCUGGCAAGAUUCAACACAUCAUUUGCACCGGUAAUCUAUGUAUCAAAGAAGUUCAUGAUUAUUUGAAAAGCCUAUGCCCAAGUUUACACAUCACUCGAGGUGAAUAUGAUGAAGAUGCUCGUUACCCAGAGACCAAAACACUCACCAUUGGCCAAUUCAAGCUUGGAUUAUGUCAUGGUCAUCAGGUUGUUCCAUGGGGGGAUUUGGAUUCAUUAGCCAUGCUUCAAAGACAAUUAGAUGUGGACAUUUUGGUUAGUGGUCAUACUCAUCAGUUCAAGGCUUAUAAACAUGAGGCUGGUGUGGUUAUUAACCCUGGUUCAGCCACUGGUGCAUACAGCAGCAUCACUUAUGAUGUGAACCCAAGUUUUGUUCUUAUGGACAUUGAUGGCUUACGUGUUGUUGUUUAUGUUUAUGAACUCAUCGAUGGAGAAGUGAAGGUUGACAAGAUUGAUUUCAAGAAAACAUCCACAGCUACUAUAUGAUAAUAAUAAUAAUAAUAAUAAUAAUAAUACUAAGAUUGUUCAUCUUUUGUUCCUUUUGAUAUGCUAACUUUAUUAGGCUCUUUCUUGUCUUUUAAGGUUUUCAAACCUUGUUUUUCCUUUUGGUGUAUGUGAUCUAUUUCUUGUUUGUUUUGUCAUGUAAGGAAAUUUAUUGGCCUUUUUUCAUAUCUUUUUACUGUUUUUAUUGAUAUGGUUUCGUUUUUA